ACCUGUCACUGUCUGUCCCGUCCACCCUCCCAGAUUCCAUCCUGUGCUCCGGGCCCAGCGUGGUGGUGGCUGUGGGCACUGAAGCCUUCCUCCUCCGCCCCUCAGGGUCUCCCAGCCCCAGGGAAGGGGGGCCUCCCUUCCUGGGGUGAGGGACCCACUAGAACCAGCAGCCAGAGGCCCGGGGACCUCAAAAAGCAAGGUCUGGGGCUGACUUCAGRUUGGCCGCGUCUGCAGCCUCGGUUUCCUCAUCUGCCGUAUGGGAACAGAGGCCGAGAGAGGAGGCCGGGGCCGUGGGCACGCUGGGACAGGAAGACCCCAGGACCCUCCUCCCCUGCCCUCAACUACUGUGGCCAGGGCCAGCCCUGGUCUGGGCCCCCUGCUGCUCCAGUCUACAUGACCACCAGAGCCUCCGAGGAGCUGGACGGAGGCCUGGGCAGCUGCCUGGCCAGCGAGGACCUCUCUGCUUUGGCAGAUCCCUGCCCAGGCCGGCCUCCAGGGGACAAGCCUCCAGAGACCCCCAGGCUGGGCAGCUCCAGCACCUGGCCCCAGGAAUCCUUCCCCGAGGCCGUGGGGAAUGUGGCCACCAAACCCAAGAAGAUGGAAAAGGAGCCUGUGGUCAGGGGGAGCCCAGGAGCUGGGAAGGAAAAGCUGAAAUCUGGAGCAACCCCUCGGAGCGUCCCCGCACGUAAGAAGGCGCAGGCCGCGCCACCGCAGCCAUCAGUGCCGCUCCCCGCCCUCGGGGAGRAGCUGCCCUGGGGAGACGUGACCCUCAACAAGUGCCUGGUGCUGGCCUCCCUGGUGGCGUUGCUGGGCUCCGCCUUCCAGCUGUGCCACGAUGCCAUGAUUGGGGAGGGGACUGCCCCCACACCUGCCCCUGAGCCCUGGGUCCCUCGGAGUUCUCCGCACACAGAGCCGGUGUCCUCCCUGCCUGAGCCCACCCUCCGGGAGCCCCCAUCGAGACCGCCCGCUCCCCAGGCGGGGCCACCAGCACUCCAGGGGAAGACAGAGGACAGUCCCGAGGUCCCCAUGACCAAGGAGGCCGCAGAGAAGGCUCCAGGGGAAGCUGGGGAGGCCACCAGAGAGGCUGAUGGGGAGGACGGUGGGCCCAAGGAGAGGCCGCGGAAGGAGAGGCCGCGGAGGGAAGAGAGGCCGCCGAAGGAGAAAAUCCGAAAGGAGAAGCCGCGGAAGGAGAGGCCGCGGGUCGCCAGGGAGGCCCGGGAAGCCCUGCCCCGACGUUGGGAGGCACGCGAAAGGGGCCAUCGGCCUUGGGCGAAGGACCCCAGGUACCCUGAGCACAGGAAAAGGCAGGUCUGGGCCCCCCCGCGGCACCCUGACGACGAGGAGGACGGGCAUCCAGGCCGACAGAAGCUCCGCGCGGGCAAGGGGCGGGGCUGAGCCGGGCCUGGGUCCCGAGCGCGUCCCGGGACCCAUCUCGGCUCCCCUCAAUGGCCCCGAGGCUCCAGCAAAAUAAAGCGAGUGCUACGGCCAA